AUGUUGAGUGUUGGUCUCUGUAAGCUUAAAAUCAGAGUAGGCGAUAUGUAAGUAGGUUUUUGAAUUUGGUAGAAGGAUUUUCUUGUAGUUUUUGUACUGUGGUAUUUCUGGGAUGUGUUCACUGCUUGUUUUCUUAUUCUUAUAACAAUUUUUUUUUAUUUUCUUCACAACUUUUGAUUCUACUUGUGGUAAAUGUAUAUUUUAUAUUUAACUAUUUCAUUGUAAAUUUUGUGUACCCUCAGAACAUGACGUCUCCGUUUGUUGAGCCUCUCCCCAAAAGGAAGAGAAGGAAAGGUCCUAAUGAAGAGAUUACAAAAAAUGUUGUUGUUUUGAGAAGUAAUCAGGUUUGUGAAAUGGAUGGUGUUGUGUUGAUGCCCAAAACUACUCUCGACAUGUCUAGCAUAAAGAAAUCAGGACAGUCAAAGAAAGUAACGUUUACAAAAAGCACUUCAUCAAGAGAUAUGCAAAGAAAACUGGAGGAGAAGUUUCCUUUCCUCGAGGAAGCCAGUGAAAGGUAUUUUUAGUUCGAUUGAAAUACAUGUGUACUUUGAAACUUAAUGAAACAUUUACAACGUCACAGGCAUCGGUGUUUUGGAUUUCAUUGCGGGGAGUUAAAAAUCACGGUAUUUUUUGAGAUGUUAAAUUUAAUAGUGAACGAGGUAGAACAAUGCAGGGGUUUCACCAAUGUGAUGUAAGGGGUUCCGGGGAGGCAUUGCUAUGUGCUUUUGCUCAAUUUGCUUUGUUACCUUACUAGCUUUGUCUCCCUCCCACAAUUCCCUGAUCCAGCUUGCAUUUUGGGUAGGAAUUCAUUGCACACACCACAUUUCACUUGACAGGUACCUAGAGGAGGGCCAUGUAUGGGUUGCCAUGGUGAUCUCCUCUCUUCUGUGGAGAUUGCUACCCUGACCUUUGUCACUAUUUUAGCAACAGUAACCCUUAAAUACUUUUUACAAGGUCUUUCAAUAAACAUAUUGGAAAAUUAUUAUCAAACUAUGUGGAGAAUAAUACACAGGUGCAUAGGUUUUGGAAUUUCUCUUUGAGCGUUAAUUACUCAAUAUCCCACCAGUGAGAUAUCAAUUUGAACACCAGAUUUUAAAAAGUUGAAUAAAAGAUUUUGAAGAGUAGCAACAUUACUUGAGAGAGCAGUGGCAGUAUCUUUUUACUAAUUAUUUUGCAAACUUUGAAAUGCAGAUUUUACUGUGCAAAAGCAGUGGAAAAUAGAUCAAAAUUGGAUUUUUGUGGUGAUCGUUGUGUAUGGAGUGGGGCAUUCAUCAAUAAAAACAUUACAGGGAACUCAGCACUUUACAUCUAUUGUGAGGUUUGUAAUGAU